CCCAAGAUUGAGUCUGGUUCGUCGUCGUAAGUUCUGUUCUUUCUGUCGGAGCAUCAAACCGAUAAUCUUUCACGGAUGUGGAAUACUGCCAAGUGCUAAUUACGAUUAACAUGAUAGAACUUUGUUCACAAGACGGGUUUAUGCAAGUAUACCCUUCGAUCAUUUUCCGAAUACCUUAUUUUUGACUGGCAUUCAAGAAGGCCGCGAGAUCAUUGUAGCUUUGCCUCGCAUCGUGUUUGGCCGACCGUGGCUAUAAAAUGAAUCACCAGCAGCAUAGGAGGUCAGUACGCGACGCGAGUAUAUUUGAGAGAGUACUCUUGCGUAAAUUUUUAUAUCUAUAUAUAAUACAUAUAUAUUUCGUAAAAAUUUAUAUUUUUUCACAAUUGUAAUUAAAAUGUACGAGUACUUUAUUACAGAGAAGAAGAGAAUUUAUCAGUGAUAUUUUUAAAUAUGUCCAAGGGAUGUAAAAACAUUUAAAAUUUGUAGAAAGAGUUAUAAUUGAGAGUACGAAGAAAAUGGUUUGUUACUCUUAUUAACAUUAUAAAUAAUUUUGGGAAAUAGCCAUUUUAUAUAAUUUGAUAAAAAUGGAAUUGGGAGCGCAACAAGAAUCGAAAAACGAGAUGAACAGUCUAUCGUUUUCACCUCCGCCUAUGAAAAAGUCUGAAACGAGAGACAGUAUUUCCUCCGUUGACAGUGACGUGAGUCUUUCCUUUGAUAGAAGAGGCUCCAAGAGCGAAGAGGCUGACUUAUCGGAUUAUGAUAGCGAAAUGAGAUCUGCGAAAGGGAUUGAUGUGGAACAAGAUUCGGGCGCGGAUUCUAUGAAUGAUGCCACACUGGAGAAACUAGAAAAUGAGAAACAAUCGGAAUCUCGGCUAAUUGAGAAAAUAACGACACAUGAUAUCGACACAUUGAAUGAUGAUCUGGCUGAUAAGAUAUGCGCUCAAGUGGAAUUUUACUUUUCCGACGAAAAUAUUAUAAAGGAUGCGUUUCUGCUGAAACACGUGAAAAGGAACAAAGAAGGCUAUGUAUCUUUGAAAUUGAUAUCCAGUUUUAAGAAAGUAAAACACCUGAGCAGAGAUUGGAGAGUGGUUGGAGUAGCUUUAGCAAAAUCUAAGAAACUCGAAGUUAAUCCACAAGGGACUAAAUUGCGUAGAGUAGAUCCUUUACCACCUUUUGAUCAGACGACACGUUCUAGAACUAUAUUAGCGGCCAGAUUACCGAUAGAAAAGUUGACAGUUGAAUCUGUCGCCGAGAUUUUCAAAUCUUGCGGUGAAAUAGCGUUGAUAAGAAUUCUUAGACCUGGACACCCUACACCUUCCGAGGUGCGUCAAGCAAUCUCCAAAAGGCCGGAAUUGGCUUCCAACGAAGAGUACGCCAUGGUAGAAUUUACAGACUCCAUUUCUGUCCAAAUCGCUAUGCAAAUGACCUUGGGUGAUGCGAAAAUAUACGAGUUACAUCAAUUGGCUGAUAAGAAGAGGAAACACCAAUCCACGAGGAAAGGUGUUUUAAAUAGAAUAUCCAGAGAGAACAAUAUAUAUUAUAAUUCAUCCAGUUGUCCCAGUGGAUCUGAAACUGAAGAUGGAAAAGCAAGGUAUAAGAAAAAUAUUGAGGGACAUUCGACGUAUCAUAUACAUAGGAGUUAUCCUUCCCAAGGACCGCCUUCACCGGACGUAUGGUUAUCUCGUAAACUCUCUUCCUGCUCUAUAUCCAAUUCUGACAACGGUUUUAUAUUUCGACGGCUGUCUUCAUGUUCCGGAUCUAGUUCAGAUUCUGGUAGACGUUAUUCCACGUGUUCAUCCGGUUCCGAAGCAGCUUUCUUUCAUCCAAGUUAUUCGAAUACCUUCAAUCAUCAUCAUGAAAAUCGCCGAUAUUCUUGCUGUUCAUCAACAGGUUCUUCUAUGGAAUGCGGAAGAGAUUGUUAUAUCGCAAAUCGUCGCGGAUCAGCUGAUUGUGGAUCAUUUUUUAGAAGAUUGUCGAUGUGUAAUCGUGAUAUUGGCUACGAUACUAACAUGAGAAGAUUGUCUCUGUGUUCUUCGAAUUCAGACCAGAAUGGAUUUUAUCGAUCAAAAAGCAAUAAUGGUAUCGCGAUGAUGCAUUUACCCGAGAAUGUAACAAGAAUGCCAGCAGGACCCGACGGCACUCGUGGCUUUUUCGAUCGUUCCACAAGAAUAUUUAUAAAACCUACUUGUUGAGUGCUUUAGAUAACUCUUAUAAGAUUAGAAAGAUUAAUAGUUGAUACAUAUGUAACAUGAUUUUUUUUUUUUUUUUAACAAUCAAUGCAAUAUAUAAUAAAACAAAUGUUUGAAAAUAAUAACGAAACUUGAUCGUCGAUAACAUAUUAUAAUUUUAUUCGAAUAAAAUACAUUUUUUUUUAUU